AUGCCCAAGGUCACGACCGAGCCGAGAGUCAUAGUCAAGAGAGAGGUCAAGAACAAGGGCGGCGACGCCAGCGAAUCGCCCAAGCGUGACCGCAAACCCAAGCCCUGGACGCCCGAGGAGGAGGCUCGCUUCGCCAACAUCAUUGACAAGAUUUGCUCCCAGAACCUUUGGCGCGAGUGCAAGGACGAUCCCCUCCUCGCAGGUCGCCGGGCCAACGGCAUCCAGUCCCACUGGAAGUCGAUCUAUAAGAAAGCAUUCAAGUAG